AUGGCCUCGGUGAACAACUCGAUCGAGAGCAACACGAGCAGCCUGCAGCGCUCUGGUCUCAGCAUGAGCGUGGGAGACACAAAGUCUAUUGUUCUUGCGCUCCAGGCCCUGCAAGACAAAAUACGCCGUCUGGAGCAGGACCGCAAUCAUCACCUGGAUCAGUACGAGCGAGCCCUGCAAGCACACGAGGCCUACAAGCAGGACAUGGAGCACCAGCUGGAGCAGGAACGUACGCAUCAUCGGCAACGCGAAAAGGAGCUGCAGGAAAUGGUGCAGCGGGCUACCGCGGAGAAGGCCAAGCUACAAAGCACUUUGGAAGAAAGUAGAAAAGACUUGGGAACAUUUCGGACAGAACUAGAGGAGAUGCUUCUUAAGGAGUGUGAUGCUGCCAAAAAACGUGAAAAUGCCAUGGCCAGCGAGUUGGAUAAAUUGCGACAAGAGUUAGAGGAGCAGCACAGAAGACACCGUGCACUUCUUACAUCCAUUGAAGAGCUCCAGUCCGAGAAGGAGGCGGCGCUCGACACCAACCGUCAUUUAGAGCAAGCAAUACAGGAGCUUAUACGAGUGCAACCAGGGAGCGGAGCGAACCGGACGCUUUUACGCAACGGUGAUACCAGUCGGUUAACUGUGGAAGGACAAAAACGUCGUAAUCAUCGUGGUAGAGCACCCAGCGGCGCCGGAGUAGACCCGCUUAACAGAACCAAUAACUCUCGCCGAACUGCUGAUCCUCGGCAGAGAGGCAGUCGUCCUACGUCUGCCGUGCGUUCCAGCAGCGCUCGGCACACGUACCGCGACCCGACGUAUUCCUCCAACCAGCGUGAUGUUCGGAAGGAGAACGGAAUUUAUGUAGCCGAUAGCAGCUUCGUUGGUGAGUUUACACGGCCCGCUUCUUAUGCGACGGCAUCAGCGUCGCGGACACAGCCGGCAGUUUUGUUGGAAGGGAGGAGGAAUGAUGCCAUGGCGGAAGUCUGUGAGGAGUUGGAGAAGGAGCUGAAGGGUCUUCAUCAACAGUACAAGGAAACGGUGGAGCGGGCGGCGGUGGAAGAGAUCUCCGCCGAGGUGCUUACGGCGGCACUGAAUCGCAUUGCACGACUCAUGGAUCGCAAGACGGAGCAGGUGCGACUCAUCAAGGAAGCUCAGCGGGACAUAGCGGCGGCGGGAGUAGCGGUGGAGGUGCCCACGUCGCGCCCAGUUAGUUCGUCGCGGCGGCGGCCGCCACCAGUGGGGGCAGACAAAGCCACGCAGCGCAAUCUCAUUGUCAACGAGCUUCGCUCUCUGUUAUCACAGCAGCGCUCUUAG